AUUGAAUAGAAAUACUCGCGCUCUUUUUAAAAUUACUACGGAUUAACACCCAUUUACUGAUUUAUUUACACUCCCCUGCUGCAAAUAGAGCUACUAUAAGCCCGCUGUGCCUACAUGCUGCUGUGUGACUCAUUUUCCACUGACCCAUACACAAUCUUUUCCUGACCUUUGCACACAGAGAUGAGGAUUACAAACUCUAAGGUCUUUAUCCUGAUGUUAUAUUUGCUGACUGCUCCACCUAUGGAUGCAUGAAUUAUCACCACACACACAUACACACCCGCGUCCUCACCACCAUUCCUAAUAUUCAGAUGACAGGGACUUUUCUCAACUAUUGUUCAAAAUGCCACAUGGGUUCUCUCAGGCUUUCCACUGCUCUCCUACCAGGAAAAGUUAUGGCUGCAGGAAUUAAGAGAUCAGGAUUAAAUGGGCAUGUGAGCUCUGCUACUCAUAGGAAUAACUCUUAUAGCUUUAGUGUACAGUAAGUAUUUAAAUAGCUCACAUUAAUUUGUGGACUCUAUACAUCAUCAGAAAGGAUUGUUUUUGUUGUUGUGAGUCAGGGAAAUACAUUGAAUUUCAUAGCAGAGAUUAAUGCAUAGAACAGAGAGCCGUAUAUUCCUCUUGUUGGGAUCAUACCGCUCUGCAGUGAUGGAAAUCCCCCCCAGGCCCCCAUAAUACCUUCACUGAUUAUUAGUGUUGCUGUUUAGAUGAAAGUGACUCACUGUUUGUGCUCACCAUCUGCCAGUUCAAGCCAUUUUCCAGCUUCAUGCAGCACCGCCACCGCCACCUGUUUGCCGGCUCCACUCUGUGUGUUUGUGAGCUCAAUUCACCGAAGCUGUGAAUCCUCCCACCUAAACCUGGACAGCUUGGCUUACAACGCCGUCACCGAGUCCGCUCUCAGUCAGCAGGCUGGACUGUGCUGCUAGAAACAUCACACCCAAAACAAGAUUUAGGGAAUUGUCUUUUAGUAUGUUUUUAUGUACCAACACUUAACUCUGCUAUGUAAUUGUAGUGUUAACUAUUGGUCUGACAGCACUCAAGUUUACCAGUAUUUUAUUUCUGGUAUACUUGGCUAAUAAACGUCAACAUAUAUUUCUUUUGGUUGAAUGACACCUGAACUUGUCUUUACCAUUUUGAAGAGUGGAUAAGGGAAAUGGAUCUCAGAGGAAACAUCCCUUGUGUUUUAUCUACAGUAUGUCUCUGCACCAUCAAAUUUCUUUAUAAUAACUGCAAAACCUCCUCCUGCAGAAACCCAUUUAUCACCCAAUUAUUUCAUUUAGGCAUGUGGCAGCAGGGAAACACUUAAAACAUGCAGGACAGUGUUGAUAGAAUUGACUAGCACCUUCCCAAACUUCCUGGUAAGCCAUAAAUAGGUCAAUGUAAAAAUGAGAAAUGCUUUUGUUGCAAUUAGCAGUAGAGAAAUGAUUAGAGAAACAUGGUAAAAGCAAUUUCUGAAUGUGGGAUUUGUUUUGAAAACAUAUAUAUAUCCUUCUUUAAUGGCUUCACAGCACACGUAUGGAGGAUGAAAGGCCUCUUUGCCAUCACACACAUUUUUUUUCUCGCCUCAGAUUCUCAAUAAGAGUCAACUCAGGACUCUAGCUGGGCCACUCCAAAAUAUAUCUGUUAUAUAAAUAGAUAUAAGCUUAUGGAAAGAUGGUAAAAUGAAAACUUCAAACCAACAUCUGCCAAAAGAAAUCUGUGCUUUUAAUUUUUCACGUUUAGAGACCCAUAUAAGGUUGUUUAGUUGACGAAACAUUUUUUUGAUCUGGUUGCCUCCAUCUUUUGUGAGCAGGUUUGCACUAGAAGAAGGGAAUAACUCUUGCAUGACACACAUUAUUAAAUUUAAAGGCACAACAACUCACAUAUUGUCAAACCAAUCAAGAGAACAGGUUGGGACUAACAGAAGAUGUGAGGAAGAGGAUGAAAGGUGGGGGUGCAUGGGAGUAGGCUUCAAUCAUUUAGUGCUUAAAUCUUCUGCACAUGUGUGGCAUAGCAGAGGAUAUAGCAUCACACAAUGCGAGCUGCUGUUGAGGCGUUGGGAGGGGUCCCUGGCAUAGACCCCUGCUUCCCUCAGAGGCAGGUCACAGAGGACAGAUGAUGCCGUCUCUAUAAAGACAUGAACUCAACCUACAAAGGUGCGCACUCUGGCAAAAAUAUAAAUUAGAAGAGGAGGGUACCGCUUCCUGAAGGUAUGUUUCACAUUUUCUGAAAUUUGACAUUUCAACUAAUAAUUUUUAUCCCACUUACUGAGAUGGCUAAAGAACAACACAAUGUGUGUUUUGCGUUGAAAAACAAAACUGAUAGUGUUAGAAACUACUUUCCAUACUUGUUCUGAACUUCAGCACAUUGCAAUUUCUUUAGAAAACUCUGCAUUAGCUCUGGUUGCCACAUCUGAUAAUAGAGGAAAUAAUCUGGUGGACACAAAAAAAAAAAAUAUAUAUAUAUAUAUAUAUAUAUAUAUGUACAUAUAUACACCAAUGAGUGUUGCUGUCUAGUUGUCGACUCUAUGCGUUUGCUUUUAUCUCUUGUUCCCAAAAUGUGCAGGAGAUUUUCAGCAUUUGUAUGAAGAAGUUUAUCACUUUCUGAUGUUCUCAUCUCUCAACACUGUUCAGAAGACAUGGAAGGAUUGUUAUCAGCCAGCCAACCUUUUCUACCAAAGAAUUCGGAAAGCAGAAGGAAAGAAAUCAUGAGUCAUGAUGAGAAACUGCAGAGCAAGGAAGAAAUGACUGAUCUGGCUUUAACAGACCAAGAUAUGAUGACAAGAGAGGGUCUGGACAGGAGGAAUGUCUGGGAGCCGAGCGUUUACUAUCCCCUGGGAAAGGAGUCCUUUCAUUUUGUUGGUCAUGAAGUCAACAUCCGGGAGUCUACGGACUCAUACGGAGCUCUGAUUUGGCCCGGGGCAAUAGCUCUCUGUCAGUUCUUAGAAAACAACCAGCAACAAAUGAACCUGAUGGACAAAGCAGUGCUAGAGCUCGGAGCUGGAACUGGCUUACUCUCCAUAGUGGCAAGUUUGUUAGGUGCCUGGGUGACGGCUACUGAUCUGCCUGACAUCUUGUCUAAUCUGUCCUUCAACCUUCGCCGGAAUACCAAGGGGCGUUCACGCUACAUCCCUCAGGUGGCUGCCCUCUCCUGGGGCCAGGAGCUGGAGCGAGACUUCCCCUUCCCGUCCUACCGCUACGAUUAUGUGCUUGCAGCUGAUGUGGUGUAUCACCACGACUUCCUUGAGGAACUGCUGAGCACUAUGCUUCACUUCUGCAGACCAGGGAGUGGGACAACCCUGCUUUGGGCGAACAAAAUUAGGUUCCCGUCAGACCUGAGGUUCGCAGAGUGCUUUAAGAGCCGUUUCAACACAACACUGCUUGUUGAGGCACCGCAGGAGAAUGUGUGGAUAUACAAGGCCACAGCAAAGGAGUGAACAAACGAGAUGUAAAAGCCGGAAACUACCUUAAGAACUUCCUAAAUUUGUUUGUCUUUUGUUGAUUUAAAUCAAUGCAGGGAAACGUUUGGCUUGUUCCCUUAUCACAAGGGUCGUAUUUUCCAGUAAUAUCACAUGAAAUGAAAUCACUGUAAUACUUUCCAAGUACCCUUUCAGUUUUGAUACGGGCCUGUAUGACAUUCCUUGACUGGAGUCUAAACACCAUGCAAAGUUCCUGACACAAGAUUUCAUAUGAAUAAACUAUUUUUAUUUUAAUCUUUUUAAACAUUUUCUACUUCUGAACAAUAUAUAUUUUUAGAAAUAAUUAGUUUCCUAUUAUUUACCUCAGAAAAACCGACCCAACACAGUGCUUCAUUCACAGUUAUUCAUUAUAAGUGACAAUAGUUGAUCAAUAAAUAAAUGUUUAGGAAAUAUUUAAAAACAAGCGUGAAAGUUUGAGCUUUUUGGGGCCUUGUAGAGUGGAAUAAAAUCAGUUUUAUAACUUAUAAAGAAGAAAAAACACUUUCACAUAAAUGGCAUAUGCUCUACAGCAGCAUGUUGACAAAAAAAAAAGCUUUUGAAAUGUUCAGAAAAUUACUGACAGCACCAGAUGCAUAAUUACUAAAACUCUAUUAACGGGAUUUUUAAAACGCCUUGUGUGAAUUCAGCACAUGACCACAUAACAUUAAGUUACGUUGUUUGGAAUUGCUAAAUAAAGUCCUCUCCAAAUUCAAGCUUCACCUUUAUUUUGCCCUUUGCCUUUCCAGAAAAGGAAAACAGUUCAAAACUUUCUCCAUCUGUAGUCAGAAAGCUCCUUCUGUCCUUCCUUCCCAGGAAGGACACUUGUCCUUCCUGGGGGCGUUAAUGACCUCUUCUAAAGAAAUACAAGUCUAUAAACUGCAUUU